GUGUACGUGAAGCCCUAUAUCCGUUGUACGCCGUAUGCGAUGGGUUUAUUGAUUGGUUUUGCGCUGCACAAAUUUGGCCUGAAACCGGUUUUCCCGAAGUGGAAAAUAGCGCUGGGAUGGGUCGUUUCGAUGACGUUCGGCUUUGGCGCUGUUUUCGGCCUGUUCGAUUACGCACGGACCGGGGAGAUUAGCGAUUGGAUGAGGAUCGCUUACGUGCUCGUGGGCAGAAAUGGGUAUGCGCUGAGCCUGGCUUGGGUGACGUUCGCAUGUGCCACUGGUUAUGGAGGUUCGUUGGUUUUUGCUUGGUUGGAGUUUUGA